GAGUUGCGGGCCGCGUGCGCGGGUUCAUUUGUGGCGAAAUUGCUGAACCGUUCGCAUCUCUCUCUCUCGCGACUUGAAGUGCGCGCGCCCGCGAGGUUCUGAAAUCGAAAGUGUUUUUUUUUUGUUCCUUCUUUCUUCGGGGAAUCGAACCUGGACCGUCUGGAUUGGUAGCAGCAGGGUUGAGAUGCGGCUGCUGAGGGCUGCCCUGGUGACCCUGUUCGUCGUGGGAACCGAUGUCCUCACGGUGCCACCGGUCGCGGCCAGGUCGAUCACGGACCAGGACCGCAUCGACCCGCUCAAGUCGGAGGACUCCCUCAGCGAUGUCGUGCACCGCCCCAAGCGAAGAUUCAAACCGGAGGAGCUGGCGGCCGCCAACCAGGUGCUAGAUUCCCUGUACCUAGGCCAACGCCGGAUAGGAGUUCCGGAUCCACCGCUAGCACCCUCAACGGAACCACCUCCUCCUCCACCCACCAAAAAGAAGCCAACGCUGCAGCAGAAGAAGAUCCAGAAGAAAAGGGGCAAACAGGCUCGACAGGCGAACGACGACGACGACCCGGAUCCGGACGAGAACGCAGUCGACGGUGGAGACGGCGAGGAUCGUCUUGUCGGUGAGAAUGGCAAGGUGACGCUGCAGAUUCCGGGCAAGUUGUUCGGGAACGCCACGAAUUUGUUCUUGGCUGCGGCCAAGCUUGUUGGAGAUUUUAUCACGAACUCCGCCAUCCGGUCAGCUCGGUUCCUGCAGCUGUUCCAGCCCGUGUUUGGACGAACGCUGUUCAUCCAGAUCCCGACGACCACGACUGAAUCGAACGAUAUUUAAACGAGGACGGGAUUGUCGACAGUGUUGCCAGUAGUGAAAAACAUCGGUUAUAAUAUUUUAUUAAAUUAUAUAUAUUUACAUUCUUUUGAAUAGUUCUGUACAAUUCCUUUGUGGAGGAACGUGUUUUCAAUAAGUUAUCUUGACACAAAAGUUAGAAACUGACAAAGAUUAAAGGUUAACAUACUUUAAAGAACAUGCACUUUUCUAGGAUGGUUUAUGUCUUUACAAUGUAAAAUGAACCAAUUGGAUUGUUUCUCUACUAAACGAAAUUACAUUGUGUAGAACUGAGUUCGCGACAGGAACAUCAACAAAUUCAUUUAUUCGACAUCGCCAAGACACAAACCAUCGAAGGCAAGCGCCUUAAGCAUUCUUCAAAUGUGACAAAAUGGCGUUGAGUUUCCAACUCUUACAAAAGGUGUCCUGUAUCUCCUAAGUUAAUACUAUAUGUUCGAGGUAAUAAAGCGACUUUUCGAGUUCGGAAUUUUAGUUUUAUCCAAAGUUAGGCUCUCGAAUAAAACUAAAAUUUCAACUCAGUACACCUGUA